CACCGUGGUAAUAAGAAAGUGAAAGGACGUAAGAGUCCACAGGGCGUUAAUAAUGGAGUAGAAGCAAGUCCGCAUUACCACGGAGAGCACGGCAGCAGCUCUCUAGAGAUUGCCAUGGUUCUCGGCGUCGGAUUGGGGCCAAGAAAACCAAAUAUCUAUUCAAAAUUUAGCCUUUCUUGAAGCCUCUUCAUCACAAUUCCUUCAAUCCAAUAUCCAAAACCUUCUCCUUCUCCUUUCCAAAUUUUUUACAUAAGAAGGGAGAUGUGGUUUAAAUUGUGAAGUUUGUUAGCUCUUAGCAAGCUAGGUUGUGGUUGGAUUUUGGGUUGGGACCAAUGCGGCACUUGUCGUCCUUGUUCAAUGGAUUGGCGAAGUCUCUGUAUUCAGGAAGGGGGAAGCUUUCGGGUAUCGAUUGCGGGAGGGAGGCGGCGGAUGAGCUCGCGAGGGAGGCGAAGAAGAACGAGUUGAUUCUGAAGUCGUCGGGUACGGUGAAGGGCGAGGGAUCGAACAGCUUCGUGUCGGUGUUCUCGCAGAGAGGGGAGAAGGGAGUAAAUCAGGAUUGUUCUAUUGUGUGGGAGGAAUUUGGAUGCCAAGAAGACAUGAUCUUUUGUGGCAUAUUUGAUGGUCAUGGUAGCUGGGGGCAUUAUGUGGCGAAAGCAGUUCAAAAAUCCCUUCCUCCAUGUUUGCUUUGUAACUGGCAGGAGGCUCUUGCUCUGGCUGCUCUGGUAGCUGAUAAAAAGCUUUGUCAAUUUGACAUUUGGAAGCAAUCCUAUCUUAGGACUUGCACUACCGUAGACAAGGAACUUGAGCAGCAUCGCAGGCUGGAUUCCUUCCAUAGCGGAACCACUGCAUUGACAAUAGUCAAACAAGGUGAAUUCAUGGUAAUUGCAAAUGUUGGUGACUCUCGUGCUGUGUUGGCGACAACUUUAGAAGAUGGCAGCUUGGUUCCUUUACAGCUUACUGUUGAUUUUAAACCAAAUUUGCCUCAAGAGGCUGAGCGCAUAACUCAGUGCAAUGGCCGUGUAUUCUGCUUGCAUGAUGAACCAGGCGUACAUAGGUUAUGGUUGCCAAAUGGUGAAACACCAGGACUGGCGAUGUCAAGAGCAUUUGGUGACUAUUGUGUUAAAGAUUUCGGGCUGAUUUCUGUGCCUGAAGUGACUCAAAGGAGAAUAACCAAUAGAGAUCGGUUUAUUGUGCUCGCAACAGAUGGGGUUUGGGAUGUUGUUUCCAACCAAGAAGCUGUGCAGAUAGUGUCCUCAACCAAGGAAAGAGGAAAAUCAGCAAAAAGGCUUGUGGAGUGUGCUGUUCGUGCAUGGAAGCGCAAGAGGAGAGGAAUAGCAAUUGAUGACUGUUCAGCUAUAUGUCUCUUCUUUGAUUCUUCACCACCCUCACUUUGUUGAUCCUCUGCUAUCAUCUGAUAAAAAGCAUUACAAAGAUCCAUUCCAUAGCUUGCUAUUUUUGAUUCUAAUCACUCUUCAUAUCUCUGAUUCUAAAGUUCAUGUUACUAUGUAUAUAAUUGGGAUGAAGCCUAUGAUGAAUUUCUUCUGUCAUCCAUGAUGUUUAGCAUCAUAAGUUUUCAUCCUUUAUUCUGUGGCUCAAGUACCACUCUGUAACAGAAAUCCUGGAUGAAUAAAAUAGUAAAAAUAGAGAAAAUUUUAGGUGCUUGAGGUCAAC